AGCGCGCACACGUUGCGGGCAGAACCCUUUUGCAGGCUGGCCUUGGUCAUACAUCGUUGACGACACAUUUUCACAUUAUUAGAUUUGGAGUCACAGGCAUAAGACGGAACCGGCGGUUCGGCCACUGCACGCACCGGCAACACAGAACCGGGCUGGAGCGCAAGGAAAAGCCGGGGAGCCGAAACAUGAUGAUGUGAACACCAAUAACCUUGUCCUUUCGCCACAUCGUGAGUGGAAAAAGGGCUUGUUAGUGCAUGCAGCCAUGGGGAAAGACUACUACAAGAUUCUGGGCAUCCCCAAGGGCUCCAACGAGGAGGAGAUCAAGAAGGCCUAUCGGCGCAUGGCCCUGCGCUUCCACCCUGACAAGAACACAGAGGCCAAUGCCGAGGAGAAGUUCAAAGAGAUCGCCGAGGCCUACGAGGUGCUCAGCGAUCCCAAGAAGAAGCUCGUCUAUGACCAGCUAGGGGAGGAAGGUUUCAAGACGGGAGGCAGCAGUUCCUCCGGUGCCCCUGGUACCACAACGCACCACUACGCCUUCCAUGGAGACCCCCACGCCACCUUUGCUUCCUUCUUCGGCGGCUCCAAUCCCUUUGAUGUGUUUUUCAGCGUGAAUCGCAGCCACGCCCGUCCCAACGGUUUCUCCUCCCACAACGAACACGGCAACGACGCCGAGCAGGACGCCGAGCUAGAGGAAGAUGACCACCUUGUUCACUUAGGGAGGCAAUUCGGCUUUGCGGGAGGGAUGAAAAACAGCUUCCCGGCAGAGGUCCGCAGAAGAAGGGGCGCGCCUUCAGAGAGCCUGAAGGGAGCCCGAAAGCAGCAGGACCCCCCGCUGGUCCACGAGCUUAAGGUCUCACUGGAGGAGAUCUUCCACGGCUGCACCAAGCACAUGAAGAUCACACGUCGCAGGCUGAACCCAGAUGGGAGGAGCUUGAGGACGGAGGACAAGAUUCUCAACAUUGUGAUUAAGAAGGGCUGGAAGGAGGGCACCAGGAUCACCUUCCCUAAGGAGGGCGACCAGACCCCUGAAAAUAUUCCUGCUGACAUUGCCUUUGUGCUCAAAGACAAGGGCCAUGCCCACUUCAAGAGAGACGGUUCCAAUAUCAUUUACAACUGCAAGAUCAGUCUCAAAGAGGCGUUGUGCGGUUGCACCCUCAGCAUCCCCACGCUGGAGAAGCGGGUCAUCUCCCUGCCCUGCCGUGACAUCAUCAAACCCGGGACAGUGAAGCGACUCCGAGGGGAGGGCCUGCCGUUCCCUAAGAACCCCUCACAACGCGGCGACCUCAUUGUGACGUUCUCGGUACGUUUUCCCGACAGGAUCCCACCGCAGUCCAAAGAGAUCAUCAGACUACACCUUCCUCCGUCGUAAGAAGAAUUCCACACAAUGAUGGAUUGUGGAGCCUCUCUCUUAUGAAGCCUCCAUGUUUCUCCACGCAGCAUUUUGAUAGACUGCAUAACAUGGAAUUACACGCUUACUUGACACUAUUCGGUUCAAUAUAUUCAAAUAGCUAGCAGUUGAGACACAGGUCGGUUUUAUUUCAUUUUUACCUCAAUAUCUUCUUAACUCUUUUCAAAACUAUCUGUGGUUUCCUAUGCGCCAUUUGUGUGCUCCUCGUCUAUUUCUACGACUUUUACAACAUUUCUUCAUCAAGCGUACCAACAGCUCAGCAUUUCUUUCAAUCUACUGAAGCAUUGCCUUUUUACGACUUCUCCAGAUAUCAUCUGUCUCCCUCACUAUCAAUUGUCUUAGGCUCUGUUUUGCAAAACAAUCAACUGUCAUUGGAAUAAUAACAUGGAAUGACAAUCAUCUACUAAAACAGCAGUCUAAGCUCAAAACCUGCACAGAAAAUCGGUGCUUUCCGUUCGAACCAUACAACCAGGCUCACUAUUUAUGUGCCUUAGCCAAGUGUUGUAUCACACACACACACAAAUGUAACACCCAACCAGCCGUGUAAAAUGCACACCAGAUGACAAACAUUCUUAAAAGCAGUCUACAUAUUGUACUGUAUUAUACGCAACAAUAGUAGAAAUCCUCAUGAGGACUCAUUCAUCUUAAGUGCAAUUCAGCAUAAGUUGGACAUCCCAGAGGAAUUCAAGUAUGAUUGAAU